CCCACACUAGCACAACAACAAUGGCAUCAGGAUACGGAUUGGCAGGCGGCCCCUCCCGCUGCUUCCCCUUCUGGCAAGAAGUCCUCGCCUGCUACGUCACCAACACAUCUGCCGAAGACGAUUCCGGGAAAGCGAAAUGCAUGCCCAUACUCGAAGACUACUAUGAGUGUCUACAUCAUAAGAAAGAGGCCGCGCGCACUCUCGCCCUGCAAGCCGCUUACCGCAAGCAACAAGCGAACAUAAAGCGCGACGACGCACCCUCAGCUGGAGAAAUUAGACGCCUUGGGAUACUGGACGCGCCGCUUGAGGAGAAGAAUAUCAAGGUUUCAAAGUGGUUGCCGCAUAAGCAGAUAAAUUAAGCACUUGGAUGGUGUAGGAAGAGUGGAGGAGGAAGGAGUGUAAAUACUGAGAACACGGGCUGUUUUGCCAGACGGGCGUGCUACGGAAAGUUAAAGUGUGAGAGAGGGAGAGCGGGAGGCAGAGAAAGCAAGGCAAUGAAACCACACUAUAUACAGCUUCAAUAAAACCAUGGCAUGUCCC